GGUGCUCUUGGCUUUGUGAUAUCAAAGCUCCCUGAUAACUGCUAUCAGCGGACAUGACAAACCAGUAUUUAUAUACAGAAGCAGACUCUUGGCCUCAAGAGAUAACAAGUCUUACGGAUUCUUGGCUCACUAAUGAUCGUGCAAGGGGUGCGAAUUAUCGGAAUGGACCCUAGUCACACAAAAUUAUGGGGUCGACGCGAACAAUACUAAUAAAUCACGAUGGAGACCAGCCUCAGCAGAAGAAUUAUCUACUGUCAGUUUGACCAGAUCCCAUUGACAGCGAUUGUAUAGGAGAAGGCCUCUGCAGCAAUGUCUACGCCAGAAUAUGACCCGUCCAUUCCCGACGGCGGUGACUCGACUCAGCUCGAUGUGAAUGCCCCGUUUGUAGGGAAUGAGUUUCACGCGGUCUAUGUUGUUGCUUGUACUUUCAUUGUUUUCUUCAUUCUCCCGGGUAUCGGCUUCCUGUAUAGCGGCUUGUCACGAAGGAAGUCGGCUAUGACAUUCUUGUUCCAGGCAUUUUUGAUACUAGCAGUCAUCUCGUUCCAGUGGAUUUUCUGGGGAUACUCUCUGAGCUACUCUAGAGAUGGAGGUCCAUAUAUUGGUACGCUGAAGAACUUUGGGCUCAAAGAAGUUUUGGCGGCCCCCUCCCCCGGAUCAGCUGUGCUUCCCGAGAUACUAUUCUGUCUGUUCCAGCUUCUCUUCUGUGCAUGCACGAUCAUGAUUGUCGCUGGUGGUGCCUUUGAAAGAGGUGGUAUUGUCGCCUCUCUCAUUUUUGGCUUUCUAUGGGCAACUAUCGUCUACUGUCCACUCGCUCGCUGGACAUGGAGUAGCCAGGGAUGGUUAUAUAACCUUCCAUCCAUUGAUUUUGCAGGAGGUGGUCCUGUACAUAUCGCAUCAGGAUGCGCUUCCUUAGCGUAUGCAGUUAUCCUCGGAAAACGCAAGGGCUUCCCGGAGCAAUCUAUGAAGCGACCUCACAACACAACUCUGGUGUUUUUGGGUACCGUUUUUAUCUGGACAGGAUGGCUUGGGUUCAACGGCGGAUCAACUCUCAGUGCUAGCGUUCGUGCCUACAUGGCUAUUAUGAACACCAAUAUUGCUGGCUCUACUGGUAUCCUAGGGUGGGUCUUGGUUGACAUGAUCCGAUACAAAGGUAGAUUUACCGUGGUGGGAGCUUGCGAGGGCGCAAUCGCCGGGCUUGUAGGCAUUACUCCCGCUGCGGGGUGCGUCUCUAUCUGGCUGGGCGCUUGUAUUGGAUUCCUCACGGCUGUUGUGUGCGCAUUGUGCAAGAACCUCAAUCAGUGGAUGAAUGUUGAUGAGGGGAUGGAUGUGUUCAAGCUCCACGGUAUUGGUGGGAUGGUCGGUUCAUUUCUGACCGGUAUCUUCGCCAGCAAGUACAUAUCGGCCCUAGACGGCGGCACUCUCGCACCUGGAGCUAUCGACGGCAACGGGGUCCAAGUUGGCAAGCAGCUUGCUGAGAUCUGCGCAAUCUCGGCCUAUUCCUUUGUUAUGACUUGCAUCUUGCUUCUCAUCCUCAAAUAUAUCCCGGGAUUGGGUCUAAGGGUCGAUGAGGAGUCGGAGAUUCUUGGUCUAGAUCGAUCCUUCUUUGUUGAUGAACAAAUUGGUGACUGGUCGAUGAUGGAGGCGUUUGGCAGCACGACCCUGAUGGGUGUACCAAAAGAACCAUCCAAAGAGGUACAGCAGCCAGAGGCUGGUACGAAGACCGCGUAA